AUGUCUUCAAGCGAACAAACCAAGACCCAAGAUGUCACUAUGACCGAGGCUCAACCUCAACCUCAAGAACAAAAACAAGCCAAGAGCAAACAAGGGCUCGAAAAAGUCAUCAAGCAUUACAAGGACAAGCUUGACACCCUGGUAGCCGAAUUCAGCGAGGUGAUGGAGUCUGCAAGCACUGAGCAAAUUCAGCUGCGCCAAGCUGACAUUGCCAAUACGCAGAAGGCUCUAGAUGCAUUCCGCUAUACCUAUGAGCGGGAAUACGGUGAAAAACCGAAACCUGCUAAAAGGGAAAAGGAUGCUAAAAAGACCAAGGAAGGUGGCAAUACCACUACUAAGGUCUCUGAUAGAAUGUCCGCUAAGGAAGUGCCAUUGUUCCAGAUUGCUGGUUUCACUGUGUUCGAUAACAGCAAGGAGGUAUACCCAACUGCUGAGCACUUUUUGAACCGCUUCGAGAAGAUCUUGAAUGCCAACACCAUUGGUUGUAACAAGACUUGGAAAAGAUGGCUACCUUUGGCAGUGCCCCAUGACUUGGAUCAUUGGUUCAAGGAAAAGGUUUUUGCUCGCAAGGGCAUGACUUGGGACCGGGCAUGUAAAAUCAUUCUCAAACGCUUUACUGCUGCGGAUCAGCAAAUGCACAAGGCUAAGGAAGCGUACACCAUGGUGCAAUUACCUGCCAAGUCAGUUGCUGAUUAUGGAAUACGUUUCAUGAAUGCUGCUAGAGAGGGUGGUCUCGAAGACAACCAUAAUUUGGCUAUUCGUUUCCUCACUUCUUUGCAAGAUAGGAUUCAAGAAAACGUUCAGGUGGCAUGGAUUGGUAAACGAGGCAGUCAUAGGCCCAAACGGGUUAGUGAAAUCCUCAAAGUGGCCAAUUCAUUGACCAUUUACAAGCGUAAGCGUGAGGGGGAGCCGCAAUCCAAUGCUAGUAAUAAGAAGUAUUGGUGCCCUCAUCAUAAGCAGUACGUUAAGCAUAAGCCUGCUGACUGCAACCAAGCGGUCAAGUCCAAGCCCAAGGGCAACAAGGCUAAAAGCAAGGCUGAGUCUUUGUGUGAAGAUGGGCUUUGCAUUUAUUGUGGCAAGGAAUGGGAUCCUGAUCAUCGUUGUGACGAAUACCGCGAGGCUAAAAAGAAAAAGCGGGAAGCCAAACGACAAGAAAGGAAGCUCAAUGCCCUUGCUGCUACUGCUGCUACUACUGCUGCCGCCGAUAAUACAAGCAACUCAGCCGAUCCUGAGCCUGCUGCCGAUAAGAUGGAAUCCACCGAUAUGGAUGAAGUCUCUCACCCUGCCGAUGAUGCCAUGGAAGAUGUUUUGAGUGACAUCGAAAAUAUCGAGGACAUCCUCAUUCAGUCUUCUGAAUAA